CGGUACACAAGCCAGCGAACGGCCCAAUUUGCUGCCUUAUCAGCUAUUGAUGAUUCUCUAACGGAGAUCGACCGAGUUCGGGAUUUAUGCUGGAAUGGCGGCAUCGUUCUCGUCGCUCGUUUUCGCGCACUGCAAUCCGGUGACUUCGAGUCUGGAUGGGCUAAGACGAGGCGGUAACUUUGUGGUCAGAGCAUCUGCCUCGUCGGCUGCACCGGGGAUUGAUUUGAGCUCUCUCCAAUCGGCUAUUGCGAAGAAAGAUGGUGAUUGUGUCAAAGAGGCACUUGAUGAGUUGAGUGAACUUGGCUGGGCUAAGAAAUGGAGUUCUCAACCAUAUGUUUCACGUCGUACAACAUCCCUUCGGGAGCUUACAUCUCUAGGAAUAAAGAAUGCAGAAAAUCUUGCUAUUCCAAGUGUUAGAAAUGAUGCAGCUUUUCUUUUUACUGUGGUUGGAACAACUGGCUUUUUGGGUGUUCUUGCUGGUCAGCUUCCUGGGGAUUGGGGUUUUUUCGUGCCAUACUUGAUUGGGAGCAUCUCUUUAGUAGUUCUUGCUGUAGGCAGUAUAUCCCCAGGGUUGCUGCAGGCUUCCAUUGGUGCAUUUUCUUCUAUUUUCCCUGAUUAUCAGGAGAGGAUUGCUAGACAUGAAGCAGCUCAUUUCUUAGUUGCUUAUUUGCUUGGCAUCCCCAUCCUUGGUUAUUCACUGGAUAUUGGGAAGGAGAAUGUCAAUCUCACUGAUGAAAGGCUUGAAAAGCUCGUCUACAGUGGACAGCUAGAUGCCAAAGAACUCGACAGGUUAGCCAUUGUAGCCAUGGCUGGAUUGGCAGCAGAAGGUCUAAAAUAUGACAAAGUCGUCGGGCAAUCGGCAGAUCUUUUUACUCUUCAGAGGUUUAUAAACAGAAGCAAGCCAAAGUUGAGCAAUGAUCAGCAGCAAAACCUCACCAGAUGGGCUGUACUGUUUGCUGCGUCACUGAUUAAGAAUAAUCAAGGUGUUCAUGAAGCUCUGAUGUCUGCUAUGGCUAACAAGGUAAGUGUGGUUGAAUGCAUACUAGCCAUUGAAAAUGCUGCAUAACAUUUCCACUGUACAAAUAAUUGUUGAUUUAAAGAUUUAAACGAAAGAGGAGUCAUAAUUCCGAGUUAAGAAAGUUUGCAGCUUAAAUAUGAAAAAAGAAAUAAGGGUUCUUUGGCAAUUUGAUAAAUUAAGCAUGUAAUAUUUUAAGUUAAUUAAAUCAUGAAAUGAUAAUAAUUUUGUGAUAUUC